AUGAAGUUCUGGUCAAGGUACAUCUUUCUGCUUCUUCUGCAGUCUCUCCCAGGGGGCCGCGGGGAUGUGUUGCCUUCAGUGUGUGGUCGUUCUGGAAAUGCUGGGAAGAUCGUGGGUGGCCAAGAUGCUCAAGAAGGGGAGUGGCCUUGGCAGGUCAGCCUGUGGAUAGCUGCAGAGGGCCACAUCUGUGGGGGCUCUCUCAUCCACCCAGGGUGGGUGCUCACGGCUGCCCACUGCUUCAGCAGGUCUCAGAAUCCUAGCUUCUACCAAGUGAAGGUUGGAGGACUGACACUCUCCCUUUUGGAAGAAGACAUAACCUUAGUGUGUGUGAGGAACAUCUUUUUGUACCCCAGCUACCUCUGGGGAGACACAAUGUCUGGUGGAGACAUUGCCUUGGUACAGCUGGACACUCUUCUGAAACCCUCUCAGUUCACCCCCGUCUGCCUCCCAGAAGCUCAAGCUCCUCUCACCCCUGGGACUCUCUGCUGGGUGACAGGCUGGGGGUCCACCCAAAAAGAAGACCUAUCGAGUGUCCUCCAGGAGUUAGCUGUGCCCCUCUUGGACUCAGAGGAUUGUGAGAAGAUGCACCAUAUCUGGAAGACCAGUCUGCCAGGGAAGCGAUUCAUCCAGGCAGAUAUGCUCUGCGCUGGCUUUGCAGAGGGCCAGAAGGACUCCUGCCAGGGUGACUCUGGGGGACCACUGGUCUGUGUCAUCAACAGUUCCUGGAUCCAGGUCGGGGUCACCAGCUGGGGAUUUGGCUGUGCUCAGCCAUACAGGCCCGGUGUCUACACUAGGGUGCCAGCUUAUGUAGACUGGAUUCAGAGAACCUUGGCAGAGAACCACACUGACACCUGCAGGUCCCACUCUGGGGCACACCUAUUAUUGCUUCUAGUGUUGCUGGCCUUAGCCCUGCCAAGGGCCCUGUGA